CGCGCAUGACCUUUUAUUCCACAUGACCCAGUAUUUCGUGUUAUACGGUACCGAUGACGCAACAGUCUGAGGCACUUUGGGGAAAUCGAAACUUACCGAGAGCCAAUCAGAUGAGAGUAUUUUGGCGCGCUCCCAGGAGGCGGUGUGCGCGCGAGCUGCGUUUCUCCACAGUACGCUGAGGUAAAGUCUGAUCUGAGUCGAGAAUGUCUAACCGUUAUAAAGAGGAGGGAGAGAAGAGUGGACCGGACACGGACACCACUAAGAUAAAAACAGAACAUCAUGGACACACCUUGAGAUUCCGUUACCAAUUCAGGAAAUAUGAACUGACCUGUAAUGCGCCUGUGACCGUCCAGGACAGACUCCAAACAGACUUCUAUUUUAAAGCCAUCUGUAAGAAAAACCAGAAGGGAGGACAGAAGGAGUUGGUCAUCCAGAGAGAACAGCUGCCCAGAGCUGCUGUGACGCCACAUUUCCCCUGCUGUCUGCUCAGCGACAACGAACUUCUGGACAUCAAGUUCAUCAUUUCAGACGGAAACAGCGGUAGAGUGAAGACGCAGAAUCACAGCGUUCUCUCGACUGAAAAUUUUGUCAGUUUCUACAUCAAGACAAAGGGUGAGAAAAAUAUCCGUAUGCUGAUGAAAAACAAGGAGCUGAAAACAAUCGUGGAUUACGUGUGUGUGUACGCAGUGAAGGGGGAAGCAGUGAGAGCGGCACUGAAGCGCGAUGGGCGAUUCAACACUGUGCUUUUUAAGAAAGGCGCUCUCAAAGAGGAGAAAACCGAGAGCAUAAUGCAUCUGUCAAAUCUCGUUGAUCAUCUGGAUGGAAAGCAGUUUCAGGUCAUUGUGUCUCCUCAUCCGAGCGGCAGCCAGGAGCCGAGCCAGGAGUCGAGUCAGGAGAUGAGUCACGAGUCAGGAGAAACAGUGAAAGAUGAAAAAAGUGAAGUUUCUGAGCCUCCUCAGGAAAAAAAAAACAACAAAGACUCCACCAGCGCUCAAGAGAAGGAGACAGAGACACCAGAGAAAGAAAAGAAGUCUAGAAAAUACCCAGACUUAAAAGAGAUCCCAAACACACAGGAGAUCCUGAGCCUUCUGCGAGCUCAGCAUGGAGAGCUGUUGAAGACGCUGAAAGAACGAGAGAAUCUGAAGAAUAAUGUUGAAGUGAAGAGGUUCUUCAGAAAGGAGUAUGAUAAAAGUGCUCAGAGCUUUUCGGAGGUGAAGAGAGUGAAACAGUUGAUGGAGUUGUCCGACUCCGUCUGCCAGAUCCGCAAUAAUGGUUUUGGAAGUGGAACUGGAUUUCUGCUCUUUGACAGAUAUGUCCUCACCAACGCACAUGUUGUUGGAGGCUUAGUCCCUUGUACACCACCACUGAAACACAGUCUAACAGCUGUGUUCGACUUUGAAGGUUUGCAGUCUGAAGUAAAAGUCAUACCAGUGAAGGAGAACGUUGUUGCUUUUUUAAAUGGGAAAGAUGACAUGGGGAAUUAUCUGGAUUUUGCUUUGCUGGAACUGAGCACUGAUGGAAAAUCUGAUCUUCCUGAACUGGUGAGGCGCUAUAGCCCUCCACGCGACAGAGGUGGUGUCUGCAUAAUUGGACAUCCAGAGGGUGGAGUCAAACGAAUGGACCCCUGUUUUAUUAUCGCAAAAGACGAUAUUAAACAAGAAGCAAAGAGAUACUCUGAAAAGAACCAAAACCUUAAUGUCUUUCGUGUCAUAACAGAGCAGUGCUUGGUUGAGGACAAGGAAAAACGUAAAUCCCAGAUCAUGUACCAUUCCUGUUUCUUCCACGGAUCAUCCGGCUCACCGGUGUUUGACGAGUACUGCAACCUGAUUGGUGUUCACACCGGUGGAUAUUUUUAUGAAGGACAAAGAGGAGAAACGAGGAGUGUGAUGGAGUACGGCCUGCCGAUGUUCCCCAUUCUGGUGCAGAUCUUCAUUCAGUGCAGCAAGAAAGAAAGAGCUGAUGUACUUCAGUACUUUGAGUCCCAAAACAACAUGGAAGACAUUCUUCAAGUGGCAAAGGAACAGCUACAGAGAAGUUCUCAGCCCAUGGACAUUCCAUAAUGAUAAUGACAUCAUUAAUCACACCAAUGACAUCAUUAAUCACACCAAUGUCAUCAUGUUACAGAGCUUCCUUCUUCAGCACCUGAAAGAAAAGUUCCUGAAUCGUAUCAUCAUGUAAAGUUUAUAGCUUUUUUUAUAAAGUCACACCUGCGUCUAAAAACCGUUCAGAAACACCUCAGAUGUGGGCGUGGCCAGGGAUUAACCUCAGGAGGGAUGAGGAAAUGCUGAAAAUGGUGGUGAUGAUGACACUGAUGUGUUAUUUAAUCAGUCUACCGUCUAAUCAAUCUACUGUCUAAUCAAUCUACCGUCUAAUCACUCUCACCAUAUUAAUAAUGUUGCCAUAAAAUGCCUUUAUAACAGUUCCACUGAAAAUGAUUGAAAUAAUGUUAUUAACAGAAGAACAUGAUAAAUUUAGUAAAAUCUGAUCUCCUCGUGUAAUACAGUCUCGAUACGCAAUAGUCUGUAGCUACUGGGCUAGCAGCUUUCAUCCAGAGACGAAUGCUGAUUGGCCAGUUGUCUCUCGCCAAGCAGCUGGUAGCCAAUAACAUGAUUAAGCAAACUAAGGCACAUGUUAAUGAGAUGUGUGGGGAGUUAAACACGAAUAUUCAUAUUGAUGAAUUCUGUUAUACACACAGCUGAAUAGUUUCUGUUAUUCUUUUCCCUAUAAACAUCCCGUUGUGUCCCGUUUCCUUCUCAGCGCGGCAGUCUGUACGGGAACUUGUGGAGUUUUUUGUGCUUUGUUUUGGAGAGAACUGUUUGAAUUGGUGAAACGGUCUUUCGCAGUGAUGUUUGUUGUCAGAUGAGACCUUUAGCUGGACGAAUGCGCAUUCUGAUGAUGUCACAUGACGUGUCUUGGUCCAAAUCUGCAGAAAUUUUGAAAAAUCACAAGCUCCUCCGAAUAUUGCAGAGUUUGCUUGAUUUCACGAUCUUGGAAACUAACAGAAAAUCAAGCAAACUCCGCAAUAUUCGGACGAACUUGCGAUUUUUCUAAUUUACCGCAGAUUUGGGCCAAAUCCCGGAGGGACUGAUUUGCGUCACACACUUCUGUUCAUAUUCAUCCAUCUUUCCUGCUCUAUCAGAAAACAUGAUCUCACGCUAGUCUGAGCUACAAGCCAGUGUAACGAUGAAUUAUUCAUGUACGAAACAAACGCUUUCUCAUUUCAAAACACAGCCCACGUCAUGAAGUCACACUCAGUUACGCUGCUUUUCUUUCAUUAAUAAUUCCUGUGCUGUUAUUAAUAUUCGAGUGGAGCAGAGACUGUGCUGCUGUUGAGCAGAGAGUAACGACGCUGUUUACACCAGUUAGCGCUGACUGUUGAAUUUUCUUAAAGUCCACAACUCUCUCUAUUUUUCCUGUAUGUCGUGAGUCGAGACUCCACAUCGCUGUUCUGCAUUCAGGUUAAAGUUCUGCUUGAUUUCAUUACUGAAACGUCAUUAAACAUCGCCGUGACUCUGACCACACGCUUACUGCAGAUCAUCAAACACUAAAUCUCUCCGUUACGCUGCUGCUCUUUUCUUUCUGGACGCAGGAAAUAAGCAGCGUUUGGAUAUUGUCGUCUUUUCUCUCUAAUAAGAGUUGCACAGAGUUCUGCGGGACUGUAGCUGCUGGAAACACAUUCAUUCACACUUUCUGGUGCUUUUGGGGUCAGAGGGUCCGAAUUUAAUAUUUAAUGAAUUUUAAUGCUAUAAUUGAUUUUAAUGCUUAUCUCUGUAAUCUUUCUCUUAUAAUGCUUCAGUCUUUUUCAUUCAUUUAUUACAUCAAUGUACACAAUAUUAAAAAAUAAAAUGAAAACAGGAAAUUGGUAAUAGAUGGGUCUGUUUCUUUUAUGUUGUUUUUUAAAAAUCUUCGUCGAGGUUGACUGUAGAUCUUUAUGUCAUGUCCAUGCUGUUAGCAUGUUCCUGUGUUAUUUAAGUUUAUGCUAAGCGCUAUGUUCAUGGCAUCAACCUACAGGUUCUCCCAGGAGUUUAGAGUUGUUUAUUUUAGCUGUAGAAGUUACAGUUUGUGUUUUGUGUUCAUUUAUUGUGGCGUUUCACAUUCCCCCAGUUACCUUUGUACAUUUCUUUGUGCAGAGAAUUGAUGAAAGGAAGUGUCUGAAACACACCUUUAUAAACUGAGGACACGGCGCUGUUACAGUCACCACUUUCCUGAAAUCUGCAUAUUAAUGACGUCACACUUUCUCCAGGCGUCUCAUGAGCCACUGGAACGUUCCGUGUGGAAACGUGUUACGGUGUUAAGAUGGCGACUCAGAGGCAGGAUCCAUGUGCAUGGUGUUAUUAACAGACAACAUGGAAUCAUAAGCAGGUUACACACACAGCAAGAUCAUCAGAAAUAACGACACGCUCAGAACUUACACACACAUGUUACAGCAAGGCUUUCACUCAAACUGGACAUUUGUUCUGUUUGAAUACUUAAACCAGGAAGUGAACAGGAAGUAGUUGUUUGAGGUCACAGUAAGUGUGAGUGAGAGUGUGUGUUUACGGUGAGAAACACGAUACUAAAGAUGACAUAUAUCAUACAUUUUCUCUCCAAAACACAGUGACACUCAUUUCAGGCUUUUCAUUCGGAAGUGUCGACUUUCUCAGAUUUCCCUCAGAUCACGGCGAGGGUCAGGUGUGGACCGGACCGUGAUUAGUUUCCUGCUCUCUCUUCCACUACACCUAC